AUGGAGGAUGGGUGGAAUAGGAAAGGUCUUCUUCAGAUACCUGGAUUAAAAUCAUCAGCAUCAACAAGUAGUAUUGUUGGAAUUUGUUCUAUAUGUAAAAGAAAUAUUGAAAGAAAAAAUUUAGUUAGAUUAUCAUAUCAAAAUACUAAUGUUUCAUUUUCCGCUAAUUGCCUAUCACCAACAACAUCUAAAAGCAGUCAGUCAAAUAAAGGUAUUAGUUGUGAUUUAACAAAUCAAAACAAUGAAAAAUCUUUAUAUAUCAAUUCAAACGGGAGAGUUCUGGUAAAAGGAGCUACUCUCGAUGAUGCUUCAUCUCCAAGAGUAUCAAGCGUCUCUUGUCAAUGCCAUACCAUGCAAAUGUCCCAUAAUAGUAAUUGUGAUUGGAGUAUAUCUCAUGGAAAUUUGAUAGAAUUGUCAAAUAGGCUACAUCCUCAAAGUAAUCAGAUAGCUCAAGUUAGUUCCGAUAUCUUACGUGUUUCUGGGUACACUAAUCAAUAUAGACAUCUGUUAUCAGGAAAAAGCAAACGUGACUCUGGUUCUGAAACUUAUUUAAAUCGUCAAAAAUCUCUUGAUUAUGAUGUUUCAUACUGGAAUAAAACUAUUGAAGAUGAAAAUAUAUUACAAAAUGAAUGUAAAUGUAUUUCUAGAAAAAAUUCAAUUUCUUCUGUAAUAUUAUGUGAUAAAAAAGAUGAGGAACAUCCUAAUACUGCAAUAUUGUCAUCUAAUCCUACAGUAUUGACUACUACUUUAAUAUCAUCUAGAUGUCAAAGUUCUAAUACUAUUAGAAGAUCCUACUAUUCACGAGCUCCAAUGUUAAAAUAUUCUGAUGAAGUUUGUAAUCAUAGAUCUUUUGAUAUUUAUCAUCCAAAAUAUAUUGUAAGACCAUUAAUUCCUACAAGAUCUUUUUCACUUCAUAAACAUUAUUAUUGUCAGAGUCCUGAUACAUUUUUAAGAAGACCUUCUUUCAAAAGUCAUUGUAAAAAAUGUUGCCCCUAUAGUAAUAAACAACAAUCUGUUAAUAUAAAAUUACCCAAUUGGUAUGAUAAUCCUGUUCCAAUAAACAAUCUUCAGAUGGAAGAUACAAAGGGAAAUUUAAAAAAAUAUGAAAAAAAAAAUGGUGAAGUACAGAUAGAAGCAUCAAAUCAAUUAGAUCAAGAUUCAAUUGUUCGUGAUACAGGCAAAGGUUCUAUCAUAACAAGAAAAGUGAAACGUCGAAAAAGUGGAUAUGGUAUUGCUAUUACAAGUGACAGUACAGCAAAAAUGAGAUUUCGUCAUAGAAAAUUAUUAUUUGAAAAAAGAAACCAUGUUUGUGACUUAAGUUUAGCUUUAGCAUUAGUUGGACUGGUAUUAAUUGUUAUAGAUUCGGAAAUGACGGCAUUAAAUAUCAUUAGUAAAAAUCAUUUGAUAUCAUAUGCACUUCGAGCUGGUUGUGUACUUUCAACAUUUUUUUUACUAAUAUCAUUAAUAACUUAUCAUCGAAUAGAAGUUCACUUAGCUCUAAUAGAUAGUGGUGCUGAUGAUUGGAGAGUUGCUUUAACAACAGAAAGAAUUAUUAAAUUGGGAAUUGAACUUAUUGUCUGUGCAUGUUGCCCUUUUCCUGGAAGUGGAACAAUACGAUGGCCUCAUAUUUCACCAAUAGAUAGAAAUGUAACAAUGGUUCAAGUUCCAACUGAUGUUGUCCUUUCUGUUCCAAUGUUUUUACGGGCAUAUCUUCUUUGUAGAUUUAUGGUACUUCAUAGUAAACAAUUUCAGGAUGCUGCAACAAGAUCAAUUGCUGCAUUAAAUAGAAUAUCAAUGGAUUUUAGAUUUGUCAUUAAAACUAUGAUGGCUAAUCAUCCUCUUCGUGUUUUAGUUGUUUUUACCUGUGCAUAUUGGACUUGCAUGUCAUGGAUGUUUACGCAAUGUGAAAGGUAUAAUAACAUAGAUUCGGGACACGAACAUCAUUACUUAAAUUCACUUUGGUUUAUUAUGGUUACCUUUAUGUCAAUAGGAUAUGGUGAUAUUGUACCUACAACAUAUUGUGGUAGAAUGUUAUCAAUUACUACUGGAAUUGUUGGUGCUGGUGUUUCAUCAGCUCUCAUUGCUGUAAUAUCACGUAAAUUAGAAUUAAGUCGAGCUGAGAAACAUGUUAAUAAUUUUAUGGCUGAUUCAAAAUUAACUAAUCAACGUAAAAAUGCUGCAGCAUCAGUCUUACAACAAACUUGGUUUAUUCAUAAAUAUCAGAAAGGACUUUCUAAAGGUGAUGAUUUAAGAUUACGUCAUCAUCAAAGAAAAUUUCUUCAAUCAAUUAAUGAAUUUAGAAAAAUUAAAUGGGAUCAAAGAAAAUUACAGGAAAAAGGUAAUUCAUUAUUAGAUGUUGGAAAGUUACAUAGUGAGAUGCAUGAAACAUUAUGGGAGAUGCAUCGAGCACAAGAUCAAUUUAUUUCUCAAAUUGAUAUGUUAACGCAAAAAGUUGCCGAACUUCAAGUAACAAUAAUAAAACAAAUAGAAAGUCAAAAAAAUAAAAAAACAGAUAUAAAAUGUGAUGAUACAAAAUUAGUUGUUCCAGAAACAUCAGCUGCAUAUUGCAUGACAAAUUCUGUAACAACACCAGAUUGUUCAAGAACAUCAAGUAUUAAUGGAUCUCCAAAUAUUAUUCAUCGUGUACAUUCUCAUCCAUAUAUUCAAAUGGAAGCUUCAAUGUUAAGUGAUAAUAUUGUGUCAAAUUCACAAAAUAACAUAGAACCGAUGGUUGUGGAAGUUGAUGAAACUGGAGAAACAACAUCACUUCUCCAGUAG